AUGUCAAAGCUUACAAUUGAGUUUGUUAGAGCCAACCUACUAACCCUAGUGAAGGAUGCUGUUGCCAUAUUACCUGAAGAUGAUAAAAUAAGGAAGCUAGUUAGGAUAUAUUUGAACAUCUGUGAAACUAACUAUUUCUAUGUUCAUCAUACAAAUUUCUAUAAGAAAGUCGAAGAAUUCAUAGUCAAGAGACGAGAACAAGAUUUGGAAUUCUUUAUACGUGAUUGGCCAAACCUUGUAAUUUUGCUAGCAAUGAUGGCAAUAUCGGCGGGAUUCGAAUAUAUGGACGAUAAUCAACCAAUACCCAAUUUUGUUUUAGAUACAAGUCCUGGUUUGAUUUACUACUAUGCGGCAUUACCAUUUGCUGGGUUUUUAAUUGAUCAAAAGUCGAUUGAAAGUGUCCAAGGAUUGUUGAUCUUUGGUGUGUUUAUGACUACAAACAAAUUAGAAAACUUUCAAAUGUUUGAUGGCGGGUAUUUAUUCAUGAAUCUUGCCCUUGAGAUUGCCAUUGCCAAUAAAUUAUAUCUUAAGGAACCGUACAGAAACUACUCAAUUGAAGACCAAGAAGUAUAUAAACGAUUAUGGUGGUCAUGUUACACCAUGGAACGAAGGUUUGGAAUUAAUUUAGGAAAACUGGAAAUCAUUUCUCCUGAUGAUAUAACCGUAGAGUUACCCCUGAACGUGCCUGCAUUAAACAAUAGUUUGGGAUGCUCCAAUUAUUUGAGUCAAUCAUCAAUGAUUGAUUUGAAUUAUAUAUUUAGAGAUAUUGCUGAAUUGUAUCAACCUAGAACUAAGAGCAAGGAUAAUGAAGCACGAAUUUCAAUUGAUCCUAAAAUGGUUAGAAAAUUGGUGGAAGAUGCUGAAGAAUGUAAAAUUAAUUUCCCAGUAUAUGCCCAAGUUGACCGAUUAAACCCGACUUCACAGUUAUAUCGAGGCAGCAUUCAUUUGAAUUUAGCUUAUUAUUUGGCAAAGAUAUAUAUUGGGAAGCCAUUCUUGUUGUACAAAGUUGAUAAUUUUAGAAGAUUAGCUGAGCAAAGUGAUUAUGAAUCGGCUUUUGUGGAUCAUUUAUCAUCGAUUUGCAUUGAUGCUGCAUUCUGCACGAUUGAAUUAUUAUCGGAAUUAGACAAGCAUAAUAAAUUGGGGCUUUUCUCAUGUACAGAUAUCAAUUUUUGCAAUAUUUCCUUGUUUACAAUUCUUGUGUUUUUGAAAAUUGACAGAUCGGAAACAACAUUGUUGUUCUUACGGAAGGGGCUAAAGAUUUUGAAAACAAUGUCAAACGGUUGUUCUAGUGCGAAGCUGUCAUUGCAAAAACUUAAAAAGCUAGACAAUUUAGUAUCUGAUUUUGCCGAAUUAGAUGAGAUGCAAAAAGAUAUGAAUACUUUGUUUAGUGUGGAAACUGCAGCAAAGUCAUUUCCAACGCAUGAAGAUAACAACGAUCCUAUAUUACAGUUUGAUGGAGUUAAGGAUGUGGAUAUUUCUCAAUUGUUUGAAGGUAUUGAUGAUUUCUUGGGCCAAGUUGAUGAUGAUAUUUAUCAACAGUUGCAACUCCAAUAA